UCGAAAUACCCUGAAACUCCCAGUUCAUAGAGCCCAUCAAAUUCGUAAAACCCUAAAAUUGCCCAACUGUUCGCCGCGACUCUGAAUCAUCACACCAAGAAUGGAAGACACUCCAAUGGAAUUCGGAGAAUCAAACAAAGACACAGAAAUCGCUCCGGCUCUGAUAGCCGUUCACCCUACUCAGGAAUCCGUCGCCGCCGCCGUCGGACCGGACCUUCGCAUCUUUGACCUCCGUCAGAAUUCCGCUGUUUCUUUGAAGGAUGAUUCUUCAGUUGGAUCUCUACACAAGGAUUCCAUCAGAGUCGUCCGUUAUGGAGCAAACGGGAAGCUCCUUGUGUCUGCCGGUGAUGAUAAACUAGUCAAAGUUUGGUCAACGGAGUCUUGGCACUGCAUCACUACCGUGUGCUCAGAGAAAAGAGUCAGUGCCGUUGCCAUAAGUAAUGAUGGUUUAUAUGUUUGUUUUGCCGACAAAUUCGGAGUUGUUUGGAUUGUGGAUCUGGAUAGACCAGACGGACAAGUUCAUGUCGGUAAGAAGGCUGUGCCAUUGCUUUCUCACUACUGUAGUAUCAUCACCAGCCUGGAGUUCUCGCCAGAUGGCAAGUUUAUUCUUAGUGCUGAUAGGGAUUUCAAAAUUCGGGCUACUGUCUUUCCAAAGAACCCUUUAGAUGGAGCUCAUGAGAUACAAAGCUUUUGCCUUGGUCACACAGAGUUUGUAUCCUGCCUUGCGUUUCUUUGGACUGAGGAGUACCCCCAGGGGUUUGUUGUCUCUGGAAGUGGUGAUUCAACGGUUCGCUUGUGGGAUAUUCUGUCAGGAUCUCUUCUUGAUGCUUGUGAAGUUGGAGAAAAGGCAGGACUCCUUGGGUCAAAUGGAAGAGAAGCAGAGUGUUAUUCUGCUGUCACUGACCUGUGCUCUAACCCAGACGGUUCACUUGUUGCAGUGGCACUUCAAAGUUUUCAAGGAAUAAUAUUAUUGAAGUGCAAUCUUUCUACUCAAACUCUCUCUCUAGCCAAGGUGGUUUCCAUCGGAGGAGGGACCUUCAUUCCUACAAGCUUGCAAAUGUGCUCAUCCACUGGGUUAUUGUGGAUGGUUACUGGUGUCUCAAAUCUGCGUGGUUCUGAGUGCCCGUCUUUGGCCCGUGUGAGGGUUAUCUCUGGUGUCAACAAAAGCAAUUCCGACUCUGAUACGCGUGAACAUCAGGAAUUGGAAGAUAACGAGAUUCCAGGGGGAACAAGUCUGCUUAAGAAUUUGCAGGGAAGUUUAUCGUAUGGUGAAGAAGUUUUCUUGGCUGCUGCUGAAGCUUUGAAAACAGCAAUGAGCAAUCUGCUGGUAAAGAAGCAAUACUCUACUGAGAAACGAGAUUUUAGGAAGAGAACUAGAAAUGAUAAGAAAAUCAAACAGCGAAAGUGAUUAGAUUUAGCAUGUUUCAACCUCCACGACAGUGACAGCUCUUUCUUCUGUUGCUGCUGUAUGAGGACUCAGUUUCACUUAAAUUACUUUGUAGCUCUAGUUUUUACUAAUCCUAUAUUUUUUUUCCUAAAUUAGGUAACAUUUUAUAAUUAAUUUAAGCAAUUGUAAUUUUCAACCAUUUUGUGCCAUCAUAAUUUGUUGAAUGAGCAAAAAAGGGACCAUGUUUGCGAUACCUUGGGCUUGGAAUCAAUGGACCUUCU